CGGCUUGUUAUGCGACAUGCCUGCCAAGCUCUAACGCACGCGGGGCGGAGGAGGUUGAGGGACGACGCGUUGUAAUGGUGGAUGCUGGAGAUUCUGUUGUAGGAGUUCAUCGAAAUGGUUUCGUAGCAGCUCCGGAAUCUCGGCCAGUCCCUUAACUGACGACAACUGGUGGUCCACGAGAGCCGUAUCGUGUCAUAGUUCCACGGUUCCGAGGAGUAACGGACUCUUCCAGCUUAGGUUCCGAUGCUUUCACACACUCUCGCGCAUUGAUUAGACCCUGGGGAUUGUAAUGGCGAUGUCAUAUCCCGUCUCUGCCAGCCUCGCCAAGCCCCCUUCAGUGUACCUGACAGAAGUAUUUGGAUGAGUUCUGUGUCUUUGGUGGGAUUGUGGUGGAAAAACUCCAGCCUAAUUGUCCGUGUGUGGGAACCGUGGGGUGCAAUGGCGGAUUUUUAGGUAGUGGUGAGGAAUCUGGACGAGGGGUACCUUUGCGUUGUUAUGCUCAGAGUUUAUCACGGAAGCGGUUGGACUUUCUCAUUACCAGGGCGAGUGACUCGUUCGACAGUGCAGCAGCGCUUGUGCUACGGGUUCUGUAGCGGAGUCUGUUUGCGGUAUCUGCAGCGUUGUUGAGUAGUCAACCUUGCCCAGCUGUGGAGGCUGUCAAUUCGCCACAAUCAGGAGAUUCAUUAAUCAAACAAUCAUAUGAUUCAUUCGUUCACUCUUCUUCUUCUUCUUCUUCUUCUUCUUCAUCAUCAUUCUAGGUCGUGUUGGUGUAAUAGAAUCCUGUACUUCGAUCUUAGGUAGGGAGUAGAUGAUAAAGCCUAGACUGAGCUUAAAGUCAUUCCUAAGAAAACAGGACUUAAUCCUCUUAAGUUUACGGGUCUCUUAUUCUUGAUGAUGUUGUGGAGUUUUUUCAGCUCUUGAUGCAGUCAGAAAAGGAAACGUAUCGGUUUGAGGGUUUUGGGUUUUUAGGGUUGGCACUCAAUUAUCCGCGCAGCUCAAAGAAUCUUCAUCCUCUUGUCAAUUCCAGUCGUGAUCCAAUCUCAGCACGGAAGAACCAUGAAGAGUUUGUGGGAGAAAUUCUUCUUAUUGGUGUGAGCUGCAGCGAGGGCGUCGCGCUGCGUGUGCAAACUCUGGAAUAAUACUAUGUAGAGAUAGGUUAAGAAGAGGGCUCGAGGCGCAUGCCACAAAGACGGCCUUUACGUAUCUGUUGAGACAAGAAUGUAUUCAGCAGGAUCACAGCAAUCUAAUUACAGGAGCAAUGUGGGUGCCUCGUCUUCGUCCAAAUCUCGGGGCAGUAUUACGCGACCAAAUCCUACCCCGCCCAUGACACCACUGCGGCAGGAGGCAAUCCCGUCCUUAUUGUUCCAUCGGCCGUCCAUUUCCGCUCCAUCUAUUCGAGGGCGUAGCCGUGAUCUGCAUCAACUGAACACCGAAAUUCAGCUACUCCAGGAGGAGCUGAAUUCUCUGGACGACACACCCCCUGCAUCCAAAGCCUGUAAAGAUUUGGUGGCGUUCGUUGAGAGUCGUCCCGAUCCUUUUAUUCCGAGCUCUGAUGGGAUAGGACCCCAGUCGUGGCCUUACGAGCGGCCUGUCAAAGCUUCACGCUGUUGUUGGAAGUUCAAGUAGCACUCGAAAGGCAAUCUCAUCUGCCUUUAUACGAUGUGUCACGCAUUGAUGUCUCGAAACGAAAUGUAUUAUAUAGAUCCUUGCCUUCUCGAGCAAGAACCGUUAAGAUGGAUGGACGCAGUGAUUCACAUUGUACGUGUGGUGUGCAUUCGAACAGGAGAAGCUGUGUUGAAACGAAGAUGUAUGCGAGAACCUAGCCUGACUAUUAAAACCAUGUUCUUUGAACGUCUGAAGCACUGCAAGAGAAAACUAAAGUCCAGGGAUAGUUCUUGUGCUACUGUCAGUUGGUAUUUUUUUUACUUAGCUUACUGUGAAGCAUUGAUGAACUGCGAUCUCCUUGGUGCCAUAUGUUAGUUUUGUAGGAUAGACUUGAGGGCAGAGUGUGUAUCAUGUACGACUAGUUCUGACUAUCUUUUUAGCUGAGGGGGAUUCUUGGUAAGUUCUGGGUCAGUUUCUGGCAAUAAACGAUGCUGUUUACUUUUC